GAAAAUGAAGUUUGGGGGUGAAAUAUGAUGAUCCUGGAGUACGAGACUCUAGGGGUUUGAUGAUUAGGCGUCAAGACUGUCUUAGACCAGGCGGGGAAAAACCGGAGGCCACUGAAGAGAAACCAAACUCCGGAUGGGGCAAAGUCCGCCGGAGAUGGAAUGGAAACUGGAGCGCACCGCCCCACGUAGGGUCCGGACGGAAGAAGAGUUGCUGUGGGAGAAUAUCAUGCGGGAGCUCGCCAAAGACAUGGAGCGGAAGAGAAAGCAAUGUUCUCCCAGGGUAUUUGAUGCAGUUAACACUACAUAUUCUGACUUUAAGAACAACUUUUUGAAAAGGCUGUCAGCUGAGGUUCCUAUUGCCAGUAGCCCCAUUACCACAAGAUGGCGGCAAAGCCAAACCAGGGAUUUGGCAGCUCUCUCCUUUGGGGAAGAACAUUCAACUACUGACCUUCCAGAAUCUUCUGCAACAGUGCUGAAGCUAACACCUGAGAAAGAGACCUUGAUUCCAGGAUCCUACAAAGAACCACAGAAGACCCUGGUCAAAGAAAGUUUUGAAACCAAUAACUCUGCUUUCCAUUUUUGCAAGACACCUCAUUCACUGAGCAGAGGCUGGGAGGAACACACGGCCUUAAAAGGCCAGAAAUGCCUAAACCAACUAUUUUUAAUCCAGAAGGACACUCAUUUGGCUCAUGGAAAAAUGCAGCUCUGUGAGCAAUCCCAAUGCAUUUGGAAAGGCUGCAGAGAUGGAAUCAGAGAUGAAUCCUUCCAUCUGAAAAGGUUCAGUGGUAUCAACUAUUCCAUAUACCACCCAGAGGUGAAGAUUCAUCUUUCUGGCCUUCGAAAUGACUAUUAUCUGAAUAUCCUAGACUGGAAUUUUCAAAAUCUCAUUGCUAUAGCCCUUGGAUCUUCUGUAUACUUCUGGAAUGGGGAAAAACACAAUUGGAUUGACAACAUAGACUUGAGUCUGACUUGUAACUACGUAUCUUCUGUGUCCUGGAUAAAAGAGGGAAACUGCUUGGCAGUUGGCACCAGUGAGGGAGAAGUGCAAUUAUGGGAUGUGGCAACUAAGAAGCAGUUGAGAAAUAUGCUUGGUCAUUUGUCAGUGGUUGGGGCUCUGAGCUGGAAUAACUAUAUCCUCAGCAGCGGAUCGAGACUGGGGCGUGUUUAUCAUCAUGAUGUUCGUGUGGCCCAGCAUCGUAUUGGAACCCUUCACCACCAGCGAGCAGUGUGUGCUCUGAAGUGGUCACCAGAGGGCCAGCUGCUUUCCAGUGGCUGUAGUGAUGGGCUGUUGACUAUAUGGCCUCAUGACCCAGGAGCAAAUGCCCAGGGUCAACCACUAAAAGUCAUACCCCAACCUACAGCUGCCAAGGCCAUGGAUUGGUGUCCCUGGCAAUCUGGAGUCCUGGCUGUUGGAGGAGGAAUGGAAGAUGGACACUUACACAUCUUGGAUAUAAACACUGGGGAGAGCAUCCAGACCCCAUGCACAAACUCACAGAUUUGUUCCCUAAUCUGGCUACCUAAGACAAAAGAUAUUGUGACUGGCCAAGGCACGCCCAAGAAUGAUGUGACUGUAUGGACUUAUCCCACUCUGGUCAGCUCAGGUGGAUAUUUUGGCCACAGAGGGAGAGUUCUGCACCUGGCUUUGAGCCCAGACCAGACCCGGGUUUUUUCUGCUGCAGCUGACGGGACUGCCUCUGUAUGGAAAUGCUGCUAGUCAGCCGGCCCUGGAAGCUUCACGUUCUUCAUUUCUAUGUGAGGGUAACGUCAGGGGAAGCACUUUUCCCGAUGUGAAUGCCUGUUUUCCAGACCUUCUUUCUCAGGUUAUUUUAUUUGCUCUUAACUCCCAUCCCAUUUUCCCAGAGAUUCAGUCUUUGAUCUUCUCUCUCACUCAUCUCCUGCAGUAGUUUUUGGUGAUUUCCUGUCUGGUACCUUCGUUGGAGCUUUUCUUCCAUUCUGAAAUUUCUAUUCCUCUCCCCCCUUUUCUUGCAAUCUGUGCAAGUCUUCACCUCUCCAGGAAGAGUUUUGAAAUGUUAUCCUGGUUUUGAAUUCUUGGCAUUGGUCUGUAUAAUCUAUUUGAUAUUAAUAUACUAUUGUAAUUGCUU